CAAGCACAAAACCGAUCACCGGGCCUGGAGGCUUAGUACAGGGGCUCCUCGGUUUGGGGGUCCCCGUCCGUCAGAAUUGAUUAACCCAUUCAGUGCCAAACUAUUCCCACAUUGCGGGCUGAUCACUAUCGGGGUGCUCCCCCCAGUGUGUCCUCCCCCCGGACCGAUUGAUGAGAGGGGAGAUACCGGUGUGCGGUGGAAUUCUGCGACCCAAGUAAACGUGUGACCGCUCCUCCCCUCAGAUCUCCGGAGUUAUCCGAAGCUACACCGGGCAGGAAGAAGAGGAGAGAGGGGGAGGCACCCUGACCACCGGCCGCCCUUCUCGCCGCUAUUAGGGGGCCUCCUCUGCAUACUGUGAAUUUGGGGCGUGUGACCCCCGGGCGGCCAUGACUGACACCCAUCGGGCGGGGAGGGCCGCGGCCUAGUUUUGCCUCCUCCGAGCGGGUUCUCCUGAGCGCUAGGCCGGGUGACAGUGACGGGCGGAGCGCUGGGUGAGCUGUGCGGGGAGGACGAUGAGCUGUGCGGGGAGCAGUGAGGAGAAGGCGCGGCGGAAGGCCAACAAGAUCGACAAACAGCUGCGGGAGGACGGGCGGGUGUACCGGGACACGUACAGGCUGCUGCUGCUGGGGGCCGGAGAGGCCGGGAAAAGCACAAUAAUGAAGCAGAUGAGAAUGCUCCAUGUGAAGGGCUUUACCUCAGACGAGACAAACAUACAAGCCCAAGCUAUAAAGAAUAACAUCAAAGAGGCCAUUGAAACCAUAGUAACAGCAAUGGGCCUUCUGUCCCCUCCAGUGGAGCUGGCGAAUCCACACAACCAGUCCCGAAUCGAUUAUAUCACAAAUUUACCGAGUCACAAGGAUUUUGACUUUCCAACAAUUCUGUGGAGAAAAGUCAUGGCUGGAUGUAAUGAAGGUCCGAGCAAGACCGAGAAGGAUUCCAUGAAGAUACCUCGUGAGUUUUAUGACCAUACAAAAGCGCUAUGGCAAGAUGAAGGGGUUAAAGCCUGCUACGAAAGAUCCAACGAGUAUCAUCUAAUCGACUGCGCACAGUAUUUUCUGGACAAAAUCGACAUUGUACAACAGAAGGACUACACACCGACUGACCAGGAUUUACUACGAUGCAGAGUCCGGACAUCAGGAAUAAUCGAAACCAAGUUUCAACUUGGCAAAGUGAACUUUCACAUGUUUGAUGUUGGCGGCCAACGCGGUGAACGCAGAAAAUGGAUGCAGUGCUUUAAUGAUGUGACUGCCAUUAUAUUCGUGGUCGACAGCAGCAGCUAUAAUCUGGUGAUCCGGGAGGACAAUACGACCAACAGACUCCACGAAGCACUAAACCUCUUCAAGAGCACCUGGAACCAUAGGUGGCUGCAGACCAUUUCAGUCAUUCUCUUCUUGAAUAAACAAGAUCUACUUGCAGAGAAAGUUCUGGCUGGAAAAUACAAAAUUGAGGACUACUUUCCAGAUUUUGGUCAUUACACCACCCCAGAUGAUGCAGUUCCAGAACCCGGGGAGGACCCGAGAGUCACAAGGGCCAAGUAUUUUAUUAGAGAUGAGUUUCUUAGAAUCGUUACAGCAAGUGUGAGCGGGUGGCACUACUGUUACCCUCACUUCACGUGUGCAGUGGAUACCGCGAAUAUUCUUAGGGUUUUUAAUGAUUGUCGCGACAUUGUCCUAAGAAUGCAGCUCUGUCAAUACAAACUGAUAUGAUGGAGAUACUGUAUUCUAAAGAAAAAAAAUUGUUCCCUUU